CCGAGAUAAAGUAGCCAGUACUCUAUUGGUAGUCAAAAUAUCACCAGGACCAACGACAGUCUACCAAAACUCAGUUGAAAGUGUGACCAACUCUCCAAGUACUCACUGUGACUCCUUAGCACCCAAAAAAUACAGCACGACCUGAAACCAAUAUUUUUGCAGUCCUUACGAUUUCUCCAGUUUAUGUGUGAGCACCCAAGAGAUUGACAGUGAUUUUUAUAGGCAAAACAUAUCGUUUACCCAUGUGCAAGUGAGUGUGUUCUUGGUGUGUGUGUGUGACUCCUCCCCAUUCAUCCAUCAAGAUUGGUACUUCAGGUUCAGAAAGAACCGCCAAUUCAGGCGGUUUAUCACCAGUCAUACUGGAGCUUCCUGCCAUCGUGAGUUCUGCAGAUUCCUCCCUCUUGACACGCCCACUCACGCCCACCUGGUCCAGUCCAAUAACGCACGAGAUAGUCAAGGAGGAACCGCCCCUCAUCGUCACAAUCCCAAAUCUUGGGAUUGGCGACACGGCCACAAUGAUAAGCAUGGAGCUUCCCCCGCCCCCCGUUCAUAACCCGCCAGUGUCGUUUGCCGAUUAUGUCCACCAAGGCCAACCCAUGUCUUCGGGUAGUCCCAUUCACUACGACGGAUCUCCACAGUAUCAUAACGAAAACUACUCGGACAAUUGUCAGGACAGCAAACGAAAACGUCAUGGAGGUGUGAACCAGCUCGGGGGAGUGUUUGUGAACGGCAGACCAUUGCCUGAUGUGGUCCGACAAAGGAUCGUGGAGCUGGCUCAUAACGGAGUCCGACCCUGCGAUAUCUCCCGACAACUCCGAGUCUCUCACGGAUGCGUCUCGAAAAUACUAUCCAGAUUUUAUGAGACUGGGAACUUUAAAGCCGGAGUGAUUGGCGGCAGUAAACCCAAAGUGGCCACGCCCCAUGUGGUGGACGCCAUCUCCAAAUACAAGAAAGACAAUCCCACCAUGUUUGCUUGGGAGAUCCGGGACCGCCUCUUAGCCGAGGGCGUGUGCUCUCAAGACAACGUGCCCAGUGUUAGCUCCAUUAAUAGAAUUGUUCGGAAUAAAGCGGCUGAGAGGGCCAAAGUCAAUUAUAACUCAAGUAGCACUGGCAAUGGACCUUCUGGUGGAGUUGGCACCGGUUCGGGAGGUCACAACACCCCGGUGAGUGGGUCAACAGUGAUUGGAUCAGGACAGCAGCAACAACAGCAACAGCAGCAGCAGCAACAACAACAGCAGCAACAACAACAACAGCAACAGCAACAAAAUGCUCUGUCUUCAAUGGUGUGCCCCGAGUCGAUCUUGCAUCGUCCUUCGUACUCGAUUAAUGGAAUCCUAGGCAUCCCUCAGCCCGACGCCAAUGCCAAUAAUAUCAAUAAGAGGAAGAGAGAUGAUGAAGAUGAGAACGGCCUGAGUCCCGAGGACACGUUGAAGCGCCAGCGUCUCACGUCCAACUACACCACCCCGAAUUCAUCCGUCUCUGACCUGUACCACUCUAUGUGGAAUAGUCCCACUCCCAAUCCCGCGGGUCCUCAGGGCAAGUGGCCCGCUGUCAAAGAGGAGCCCAAGGGCGGUAAUCCCGGGGGUGGGGGCAUGAGCUUGCCCGAGCUCCUGAGUGCGGCCAAUAAUCCCGGCCAACAAGCCAAUAAUGGCAGUGACAGUCCAAACUCGUAUCAGUACUCAUCCGCCACGCCCACCGGCUUCGCCCCGGCUCAAGGGGACGAGUUCACCUCCCCACCCCCUUCAAGUGCAACCACUUCUUCCAAUGACCUCAUCUACGACUCAAUCAAUAUGAGUCAAGUGCAAAAUUACCCGCCAAGUCUUUCCUCUUCACUCGGUAGUACAUUAACCCCUCUAACUCCAAUUCCGGUCUCUGAGAUCAACAAGACAAUGCUCUCAGCCUCAUCCAUCUCAGUUCUUGGAGAUCAUAAUUCUCAGUUUCACACAGUGAGUGGAGCAGGUUUAUCUUCCGUGAUCCCACCUUCCGAUUAUUAUAAUAGCGCAUCGUAUUCUCAAUACUCUGCUCCGCCCUAUGGAGGCUACGGCUACGGUCCAACCUCGGGAAGUCUCCUUAGCAAAUAAGCUUUCACGAUGCACCAUUCAUCUCGUCCGAGUUAUAAAACAACUUCCAAGCAAUGUCAAGAAAUUGAAUCGACACCAAAGACCUGUUAAACAAUGUGUAGAACAUAACUUUAAAGGAAAAGAAGACAUUGUGGUUCGAAAGAAAGAAACCACCACAAGUCACAACAAAUGGAAUACGCUCUCUUUUUCUUUUCCUCUCACCCAUUCAAUUCGCAUUGAUAAACACAUAAACAAUUUGAGAUCUGUGCCAAGAUCUUGUACUUGCAGAGCGCCCUUCACACACACACACACAUACACACACACAUAUAGACAAUUACUAUUACAAUUACCAUUAUUAUUAUUAUUAUUAUUACUCUCCUUAUUGCAAAUCCUGCUAUUCUAGAAACCACCUCAUUUGGAUGCCAAGGAGAUGUGUUUUGUUGAUGAUAUGGCGUAUAUUCAUUCAAGAAUGGGUAGUGAUACAUCACCAGCAUAGUAUGUAUACUCCCUUUGUAAAACAAGAUUGUUCAAAUGAAGAAAUGCUCAUUCACAAAAUGUAUUCCUGUAUAUACACAGCCACACAUACUCACACUUUCAUUUCCGAGUUUAUUGUUUGAUUGACUAGAAUAUAAACCUAUGUACGA